CCUGAAGAUCCCAGCGAUCUUCCAGGUGCAGCCGUACGUGCAGCUGGCGAUUGCGUACAAUGUGAAGGAGAUCAUCGAGGCAAUCAAGGCCCGUAUCGGAGCGAAGAGCGGCCCGAGCAUGCUGCAGUCCCACAAGGCUCGGGUGGAGGCGUGCAAGGCGUGCGUCAGAGUCCAAGGAUCGGCAUUCUGCGAUCGCCACUCGGUCGCCUCCAGCAUGCUGAAGAACGGCUGGGAUCCGGACAUGGACGAGUGCAUGCCGAGGACCGCUGAGAGCAAGACUUUGUGCCAGUCCUUCGCCUGGAAGCCAAACAAUAGCGAGGCGCUGGGUCGGCCAGCCGGGGUCUUCGAGAAGCAGAUGUGCCCGUGCUACAACCAGCGCAGUGGGGAGAGGACUGGCCCCCGUUGGAUCACGAGCGAGAGCCACUGCGCGGAGAUGAGGUGGCCGAACGCCGACAGCGAGGCCGACCGCCGGCAGAUGAAGGCCUCGGACUGGAAGCUCGGCUUCACCAACAUCGGCAAGGGGAGGCCAGACAGGCUGAGUCUGGGCGACGAGCUGAACUUCCAGGGGCGUGCGAAGGGCUGCGAUCCGGGCUACGAGUGCUGCCAGUCCUGGCGCCAGGGUGAGGAGGUUCAGCGCUGCGUGGAGCUCGACGGCAUCACAAAGGCGACCCACUGGUGGUACCGGAAGAAGUGCUACAACUUCCACCCGACCGAUAUCGUGACAGACAAGAAGUGGAAAAAGGUGCAGCCGUUCCUGUGCGCUCCAACUGAGACGAACACCGGCUCUGGCUUCAAUGGCUCGUGGAUGUUUCAUGAGGGCAAGUGGGUUGAGAAGGCAACCGCGACCAAAUCGCGCCACAGGAGCGGUGCGGAGGUGCUCGACGGCGACGUCGUCGAGGAGUGA